AACUAAAAACUAAAAAGCGUGAAAAUUCCACGCAGAGCAAGUCUUGCGCAGUUAAAAAGAAGAAAGCAAACGCCACCUCUCUCUCUCUAAUCUCUAUCUCCGGAGGAAAUAUAUUAAUCUAAAAGCCAAAGCGAUUUCUGAUUUUACAAUUUUAUCACAAUCAUAUUGUGGCGUAGAGAGAUACAAAAAAAUCGAAAUUCGAAGACCGAAAUCUAGACCUUCAAGUUUCAGAAUCAGAAGGCUGCGCCACGCAAUGGGUCAAGCCUUUCGCAAGCUCUUCGAUGCGUUCUUCGGCAACACUGAGAUGCGGGAUUAAUGGCAAAAUGUCUUCUGCUGCUACUGUUGAUGUUGCUCUAGGUGUUAAUUUGCUUCUAAGUUCAUGGGUUUUGGUGAUUAUUAUGUUGUGAUGCUAGGGCUGGAUGCUGCUGGUAAGACAACCAUACUUUACAAGCUACAUAUCGGAGAAGUUUUAUCUACUGUUCCAACAAUUGGAUUCAAUGUGGAGAAAGUUCAAUAUAAGAAUGUGAUGUUCACUGUUUGGGAUGUUGGUGGACAAGAGAAAUUAAGGCCACUCUGGAGGCAUUAUUUUAAUAAUACUGAUGGACUGAUCUAUGUUGUUGAUUCCUUGGACCGUGAGAGAAUUGGAAAAGCAAAAGCAGAGUUUCAGGCCAUCAUCAAAGAUCCAUUUAUGCUCAACAGUAUCAUCCUUGUAUUUGCCAAUAAACAGGAUAUGAAAGGAGCAAUGACACCAAUGGAAGUAUGUGAAGGAUUAGGUCUUAUGGAACUCAAGAACAGAAAAUGGCACAUACAGGGGACUUGUGCACUCAGGGGAGAUGGCCUGUACGAGGGCUUGGACUGGCUAGCUUCAACUUUGAAGGAAAUGAGAGCUGCUGGGUAUUCUUCAGUAGGCACCUCAUCAUUCUAAUCUUCCAGGUUUACUGAAGUGAUGUUUGUUUAGAUGAAAGCAGAGGAUAGGCCCAUGGAAGUGCUGAACUGUAAUAAAAUUUUUGUGUGUUCACUAAAAGGAUUGAUUUUAUUAGGGUUCAUACUUGUGGUCCUGCAAUGUAAAUUAAGAUGCUGAUGAGACAAAGUCAUUGAAAGUUGAAUUGGAAACUGGGAAUCUAUAAAUGCUUAGAUAUCCCUUCAUAUAUGAAGGAUAAAUGCUAGUUAUCUCUCCUCCUUA